AUGUCUGAAACUGCUCCCAUUAUAACCAAACUAAUUCCCAAGCCAAAGCCAAAAGUUUUAAAUUUGUUUCGUGUUUGUUUUAUUUCAUUGCUCUUAAUCGCUGCUGUGGAAUACUUCAAAUACGGUACAAGAAUCAAUUAUGAAUGGUUCCACUGUACUCCAAUCAAGGAACCUCAAUCUGGCUCCGUGAUCAAACUUUGGGCUCGUGGUGGGCCAAGCUGUGACAAAAGAGGUGAAUAUAAAACCAUCGUAAAGAGAAUCACAAGAGAUUACGAACCCAACGAUGAACAUCUAUCCUUCUGUAUCAUCGAAAACGGCAACGUCCCUUCUGUUCACUACCCAAUCCAUGAAGAUAAAGGUGAACCUGGCUACGUAGCUUAUGUUGGCUACGAUACGGACUCUGAAUUAGUUCAAACACUGUGUGCUGAUUCCACCAUUUAUCAUAUGUAA